AUGGGGCUGCUAACUAUCCUCAAGAAGGUCAAGGAGAAAGAGAAGGAGAUACGCAUUCUCAUGCUAGGUCUAGACAACGCUGGCAAGACGACGAUACUGAAGCAGUUUAUGGGCCAGGACAUCACCGAAAUUUCUCCUACUUUAGGAUUUGAUAUUCAGACUCUUGAGUACAAAGGCUUCAAGCUGAAUGUAUGGGACGUUGGUGGCCAGCAGACAAUCAGGUCGUACUGGAGAAACUACUUUGAGCAGACGGAUGGCCUCGUGUGGGUCGUGGAUAGCGCCGACCAACGAAGACUUGAAGAUUGCAAGCGGGAACUUGGCCAGUUGCUGACUCAAGAGAAACUAGCAGGCGCGACGUUGCUGAUUUUCGCCAACAAGCAAGACUUGCCGGGCGCUCUUUCUUCUGCUGAGAUUGCAGAUUCACUCGGUCUGCGGUCCGCUCAAUUCUCAACCCGACAUUGGAGUAUCGUCUCCUGCAGCGCCGUGACUGGCGAAGGUCUUGUCGACGGUAUUGACUGGCUCGUGGGUGACGUUGUCAGUCGCAUAUUCCUAAUGGAGUAG